GUUGACUCGUUCCGAUUUAGUGAAAAAGGGUAAAGUAAAAUCAAGCCGGCGAAUCUUCUUUCGUUUUCCGGCACCGAUCGCGGUGGAUCUCCGAUUUAAAUGGCGGCGGACAAUGCGUAUCUGAUGCAGUUUGUCGACGAAACCUCUUUUUACAACCGAAUCGUUUUGAGUCAUCUUUUGCCGGCGAAUCUCUGGGAACCCUUACCUCAUUUUCUCCAGACAUGGCUCCGAAAUUACCUCGCCGGAACCCUACUCUACUUCAUCUCCGGCUUCCUCUGGUGCUUCUACAUCUAUUACCUUAAAAUCAACGUUUACCUUCCCAAAGAUGCCAUUCCUACAAUAAAGGCUAUGCGUUUGCAAAUGUUUGUGGCAAUGAAGGCUAUGCCUUGGUAUACUCUUCUUCCAACUGUCUCCGAGAGUAUGAUUGAACGUGGUUGGACCAAAUGUUUCGCUAGCAUAGGCGAAUUCGGCUGGAUCCUCUAUUUUGUUUACAUCGCCAUCUAUCUUGUUUUCGUUGAGUUUGGUAUUUAUUGGAUGCACAGAGAGCUUCAUGACAUUAAGCCUCUCUAUAAGUAUCUCCAUGCGACCCAUCAUAUCUACAACAAGCAAAAUACACUCUCUCCAUUUGCCGGGCUUGCGUUUCACCCAGUAGAUGGGAUACUUCAGGCUGUACCGCAUGUGAUAGCGCUGUUUAUAGUGCCAAUUCAUUUCACAACCCAUAUAGGUCUUUUGUUCAUGGAAGCGAUAUGGACAGCGAACAUCCAUGACUGCAUCCACGGCAACAUCUGGCCUGUAAUGGGUGCAGGAUACCAUACGAUACACCACACAACAUACAAGCAUAACUAUGGUCAUUAUACCAUAUGGAUGGACUGGAUGUUCGGCUCCCUUAAGGAUCCUCUUUUAGAAGAAGAUGACAACAAAGACAGCUCCAAGAAAGCAGAGGCUCGCAUUCCAUCCGUUGGACGGGAUACUUCAGGCUGUACCGCAUGUGAUAGCGCUGUUUAUAGUGCUGAUUCAUCUCAUAACACAUCUGAUCAGUUUUUAGUUUUUUGGAAGGGAUAUGGACUGAUGGACAGCAAGCAUCCAUGGGCUCCUUUAGCAGAAGAAGACAGUUUCAAACAGAAAGAAAACUAUAAAUCACUCUCUCUACCACAAACAUUUUCAGUAACGCUUAAGCACAGUUUAACUUUUCUUGGCGGUUUCAUGGCGGCGACUACGGCAGAUCAUAAUCAGUUCGUCAAUGAGACCUCUUUUUACAACCGAAUGGUCCUGAGUCACCUUUUUCCGGCGAGUCUAUGGGAACCUUUACCACAUUUCCUACAGACAUGGCUCCGGAACUACCUUGCCGGAAACAUACUCUACUUCAUCUCUGGCUUCCUCUGGUGCUUCUACAUCUAUUACCUUAAACCCAACGUUUACGUCCCCAAAGAUGCUAUCCCUACAAGAAAGGCAAUGAUUCUGCAAAUAUCUGUGGCAAUGAAGACUAUGCCUUGGCACACUCUUCUUCCAGCUGUCUCUGAGUAUAUGAUCGAGCAUGGUUGGACCAAAUGUUACUCUACACUUGACCAUUUCAACUGGUUCCACUAUAUCCUCUACAUAGCACUCUAUCUUGUUAUCGUUGAGUUUGGGGUUUACUGGAUUCACAAAGGGCUUCAUGAGAAUAAAUUUCUCUAUAAGCAUCUCCAUGCGACCCAUCACAUCUACAACAAGCAAAACACAAUCUCUCCAUUUGCUGGGUUCGCAUUCCAUCCGUUGGACGGGAUAAUUCAGUCUUUACCACACGUGAUAGCGCUGUUUAUAGUGCCGAUUCAUCUCAUAACACAUCUGUGUCUUUUGUUUUCGGAAGGGAUGUGGGCAACAAACAUCCAUGACUGCAUCCACGGCAACAUCUGGCCAGUAAUGGGUGCAGGAUAUCAUACGAUACACCACACGACAUACAAGCAUAACUAUGGUCACAAAACCAUAUUGAUGGAUUGGAUGUUUGGCUCUCUUAAGGCUCCUUUAGCAGAAGAAGACAAUUCCAUUCCUACAAGAAAGGCUAUGCUUUUGCAAAUAUACGUGGCAAUGAAGGCUAUGCCUUGGUACACUCUUCUUCCUGCAGUCUCUGAGUAUAUGAUCGAGCAUGGUUGGACCAAAUGUUACUCUUCACUUGACCAUUUCAACUGGUUCCUCUGUUUGCUCUACAUAGCUCUCUAUCUUGUUUUGGUUGAGUUUAUGAUUUAUUGGGUUCACAAAGAGCUUCAUGACAUUAAAUUUCUCUAUAAGCAUCUCCAUGCGACCCAUCAUAUGUACAACAAGCAAAACACACUCUCUCCAUUUGCCGGGCUCGCAUUCCAUCCGUUGGACGGGAUACUUCAGGCUGUACCGCACGUGAUAGCGCUAUUUAUAGUGCCGAUUCAUCUCAUAACACAUUUGAGUCUUUUGUUUUUGGAAGGGAUAUGGACAGCAAGCAUCCAUGAUUGCAUACAUGGAGGAAAUCGACUAGAGUCUGGUAAAUUCUCUUCUCUAACUUUGGGGCUUUUAAGUGAUACAAUGGCUCGCUUCAGUUUUCCAUGUUUUCCAAAUUUUGGGGGUUUUAAUCAGGCUGUGACAAAUCGAGGGCCUGAGAUUUCAGAAACUGCUGAUAAUUGGGUCUCACCAUCUGACAUUCCACUCAUAGAACCUAAUAGUAAAGAGCACAGGAUGAGAGAGGCACAGCUUGGCGCUCACACUUUGAGGUCCCAUGGAAUGACUGUUGCAAGGACUCACAUGCAUGAUUGGAUCAUUCUCGUGUUACUUGUUAUUCUUGAGUGCGUACUCCUUAUAAUCCACCCGUUUUAUCGCUUUGUUGGGAAAGAUAUGAUGACUGAUCUCAGUUACCCGUUAAAGAGUAACACCGUACCAAUUUGGUCUGUCCCGGUGUAUGCGAUGCUGUUACCUUUGGUAAUCUUCAUAUUUAUCUACUUCCGUCGAAGAGAUGUUUAUGAUCUUCAUCACGCGGUGCUAGGUCUCUUAUACUCUGUUCUGGUGACAGCAGUACUUACCGAUGCAAUAAAGAAUGCAGUUGGUCGACCACGUCCUGACUUCUUCUGGCGUUGUUUUCCAGAUGGCAAAGCUCUUUAUGAUAGCCUUGGAGAUGUUAUAUGCCAUGGUGAUAAAAGCGUCAUAAGGGAAGGGCACAAAAGCUUCCCAAGCGGACACACCUCUUGGUCUUUUGCGGGUCUGGGAUUUCUUUCGCUUUACUUAUCGGGAAAGAUUCAAGCAUUUGAUGGUAAAGGCCACGUUGCAAAGCUAUGCAUAGUCAUACUCCCUUUGCUAUUUGCGGCUCUUGUGGGUAUUUCCCGUGUUGAUGACUAUUGGCAUCAUUGGCAAGACGUCUUUGCAGGAGGCUUGCUAGGUCUUGUGAUCUCUACAAUCUGUUAUCUCCAAUUUUUCCCGCCACCAUAUCACACCGAAGGUUGGGGACCAUAUGCUUACUUCCAAGUGUUGGAGGCGGCGAGAGUGCAAGGAACCGCUAAUGGAGCAAUGCAGCAGCCACCCCAAGUUGAUAACGGUGAAGAAGAAGACGGUGGGUUUAUGGGUUUACAUUUGGUGGAUAAUCCGACUGUGAGGAGAGAAGAAGAUGUAGAAACUGGUAGAGGCUGAGAUGAAGAAACUCUGAAGCUGGUUUGGUUACUUCUUAGGACACUUUCUCUUGUUCUUUUGAUUCUUUGUUUGACUACUUAAGUAGAUUUCUGUAAGAUAACUUAGUAACAACUACAAUCGUUUGGUUUUGGUUUUGGUUUAAAUGGAUGCCCGGUAUUUAUGGGUCCGGUAUUGGUAUUGAUACUGGAUAAAUGUAGCUUUAUUUU